UGCUGCCGCCAGCGAGUGGGUCCUGUGGGCUUCUGACGACUCUGCUGUGGCGGAUAGUUUACAUUAUGAAUUCUCAAGAGAAGACAGAAGAGUAUCCUUUUGCAGAUAUAUUUAAUGAAGAUGAAGCUGAAUAUAACUUUUUGCUGUCUAAACCUGUUUGCUUUGUUAUAUUUGGGAAACCAGGGGUUGGGAAGACAACUUUAGCUCAUCAAAUAACACAGGCAUGGAAAUGUAUUCGUGUAGAAGUUUUACCAAUUUUGGAAGAACAGAUUGCCAGGGAAACUGAAUCAGGAGUUAUGUUGCAAUCAAUACUGCUCAGUGGUCAAAGCAUUCCAGAUGAACUUGUCAUAAAGCUAAUGUUGGAGAAGCUCAACUCCCUGGAAGUUUCUCACUUUGGUUAUAUUAUCACUGAAUUACCAUCACUUUCACAGGAUGCCAUGACUACUUUGCAGCAAAUAGAAUUAAUUAAAAAUUUAAAUUUGAAACCUGAUGUUAUAAUCAAUAUUAAGUGCCCUGACUACGACCUAUGCCAAAGAGUUUCUGGGCAAAGGCAGCACAGUAGUACCGGGUACAUAUACAGAAGAGAUCAGUGGGACCCUGAAGUCAUUGAGAAUCGUAGGAAAAAGAGGAAGGAAGCCCAAAAAGAAGGAAAAGGAGAAGAGGAAGGUGAAGAGGAGGAAGAGCAAGAAGAAGAAGAGGCAUUUAUUGCAGAAAUGCAGAUGGUGGCUGAAAUUCUUCAACAUGUAGUUCAGAGACCUGAGGAUUAUUUGGAAAAUAUUGACAACAUUGUUAAACUUUAUAAGGAAAUAAUUCUUCAUCCUUUAGAAGAAGUAAUGGCUGAACACAAUUCCCAGUAUCUCAUUGAGCUAGAUGGAAAUAAACCCCCAGAGGAGCUCUUCAUGACAGUUAUGGACCGACUUAAAUAUCUGAACCUAAAAAGAGCAGCUGUUUUGACUAAACUUCAGAGUGCAGAGGAAGAAAUUACAGACAUAAUGGAAAAUUUACUGGAUCAUGGAAGGGUCCAGAAGUUCUUCAGCAAGAGGCUCAAGUGGAAGGAGAGCUUGAGUGUACUGGCUGUAGCUGCCAGCUCUGACCUGCCUGGCUGUGUCCGAGGGCCCUCUCACAAGAUCCUCGGGGUAAUUGACUAUGCCAAGCUUGUUCAACCGCGUUUUGAUAAAGCCCUUGAAAUGUUAGUGAGAGAUACGAUAGCGGAGGCCACUGAAGCAGCAAUUAAAGCUGUGAGAGCGCAGCUCUUCAUAAAACUACAAGCUAAAAGACAAGCACAGUCAACUUCAAGAAUACUUGAAAGAGAAUUUGAAAGGAAAGAAUAUGACAAGUUCCCAUCUGAUGCAUAUAAGAGUUUAGAAGAGUCACGAUCUUCAUUUGAUGAAGAUGUGUUCACUCAUGAAUCUCAAAAAGAUCGUUUUUUAGAAGACAAUGAAGACAAAAAGAUUUCAGAAAAUGUCUUCGAUGAUCAGUCCUCUAAAACUGAUGCAUUAGAAGACUCAAUAGAAGAGGUAACUGCAGAGCAUCCAGAGGUUCUUUCUAUGAUAGAGGAGACUGUGAAAAUGACAAAGGAUAUGAACUUUGAACAGCCAUAUGAAAAACAUGCUGAAAUCUUAGGGGAAAUCAUCAAAGAGGUAGUUGAAGAAAACACAAAUAGGUUUUCUGGUGCCCCAAAAUAUGGAGGAUGGAUACUGGACAACUGCCCUGUUGUGAAAGAACUGUGGAUAGUCUUAGUCGAGAAAGGAAUUAUACCUGAUUUAGUAAUCUGUUUAUCAGAUACAGAAAACAAUGGGAAAUAUUUACUUAAUAGACUGUAUUUAGAGAAUAAGACUGAAGUUGACUCUAAGAUUUUAGAAAGAUUAUUAGAUGAACUGCAAAAGAAGAGAAAGGAGGAAGAAGCAGCAAGAAAAGCUGCUGAAGAAGCAUUGAGAAUAGAAGACCAAAGGCUAUUGGAAGCUAUGAGCAAGAAAGCAAAAGAAGUAGAAGAGGCUGAACUGGAGGCUGAAGAGGAGACUGAAGGUGAGGAGCCUGAAGUUCAGGAAGGGUCUGAGGCCCUGGAGGUAGCCGAGGACACCAAGGGAUCCUUACCUGAGGAGUCUGAAGCACCUGAGGUCCCUGAAACAGAACCUGAAUCAGUAUUUGAGCCUGCUGAGGAUACUACAGUUGGAACAGAGAUUUCAAAAGGAUCCAAAGAGGGCCUAGAGACUAAAGAGUUAUCUGAAACAGUUGUACUCCCUGAGUUUCCAGAAGAUGCUUAUCCUGAUGUCCCUGAAAUGGAGCCAAUUAAAGAGAAGAUUAAACAUUUCAACUACAUGUGGAAACAUCUGGAAGCAACAAUCAAUGAGUCUUUCGUUCAAAUUUUAAACUUGGAGGUUGCUGACAAAACUCCAGAGGAACUACUUCAAAAAGUAGUUGAGACUAUGGAAAAACCCUUCCAGUAUGUUGCAUGGGAGUUGACUAUGGAAGAUUAUGAUGAAGAAACAGAAGACUAUCAGGCAGAAGCUGAAGUUGAUGAGGAGCUAGAAGAGGAAGAGGAGGAAGAGGAAGAGAAUGAAGAUAGAAUUAAGGAGAAGAGAAGGCACUUGGGAGAUACAAAGCACUUUUGUCCAGUGUUUCUCAAAGAAAACUUCAUCCUACAACCAGGCAGCAUAGAUGAAGCAGCUAAAUAUCGAGAAAAAAUCUACUACUUUUCAAGUCCUGAAGCUAAAGAGAAGUUUCUGGAGCAUCCCGAGGAGUACGUGGCUCAUAAAGAACCAUUAAAGGCUCCUCCAGUAAGAAUAUGCCUUAUUGGCCCCCAUGGUUCUGGCAAAACCACCUGUGGAAGACAAUUAGCGGAAAAAUGGGGCAUUUUUCAUAUUCAGUUUGAAGAAUUUCUUCAAGAGAAACUAAUGCUCAAAACCGAAAAGAAAAUUGGAACUGAAUUUGAAGAAGAUUCUGAUGAAGAACAGUUUACAAAACAAGAACUUGAAGAACUUGCAAUUCAGGCCAAAGUCAAGAUUGAAGAAGAAAAUACAAGGAAGCCGCCUCCAGAUGUGCAAUUUACAGAAGAAGAAGAAGCAAUCAGAUUAAAUCUAAUGGAAAAUCAGCCAUUGCCUCCCGAAAUUCUUGAAACAAUUCUUUCUGAGUGGUGGCUUAAGGAACCAAUACGUUCCACAGGUUUUAUAUUAGAUGGUUUCCCACGAUAUCCUGAGGAGGCUCUGUUUCUGAGGGAAUGCGGAUUUUUCCCAGAUGCUGCUGUUUUUAUACAAGUUGAUGAUCAAGAUAUUUCUGAUCGACUCCUUCCUUCCCAAAUUGAAAAGUGGAAACAGAAACAAAAGAAAAAAUUAGAAAGGAAAAAACUCAUCAAAGAAUUGAAGGCAAAAAUCAAGGAUGAUAUGAUUUCUAAAAGAAGGGCUGAACUUCUAGCAGAGAAAGAAAAAAGACAUAAAGGGGAGAUUGGUAAAAAAGGUGAAGACUUCAGUGAAGAAGAGCCUGAAGAAGAUGAAGAUGAUAUUGACAACAUCCUUGAAGAUGAAUUUCCAAAAGAUGAGGAAGUGAUGAGUGAGGAAGAUGAAGAACAGGAAAUUGAUGCACUUGAGCGCCUGAGAGGUGAACUGGGAGAAAAAUUUGAAGCAGAUAUGAGUAAUUUACAAGUAAUACAGGAUGAAUUUGAGAAGCUUUUGAUCCCAGUGAUUCUCAUUAAUGGAGCUCAAAAAAUCCACAUUGUACAAUAUAAUAUGAAUAUGAAACUGAAACCACUGGUGGAGAAUCGUGAGAGCAUUUUUGAAAAAUGUUAUCCAAUAGCAUCACACCUUGCCCAGAAAAUGCUUAGCUAUACCUAUAAGUAUGUAAGCGCAUUUGGCUACUGGGACCCCGUAAAGCUAAGUGAAGGAGAGACAAUCAAACCAAUUGAAACUUCAGAGAAUCCAGUCCAUGCUGUAAUCCAUCGUCAGUAUAUUUAUUUUUUAUCUAGUAAGGAAACUAAAGAAAAAUUUAUGAAGAACCCAAUCAAAUAUAUCCGCCAACCCAAACCCAAGCCUACUGUGCCUAUUAGGAUUAUAAUUCUGGGACCUCCAAAAUCUGGGAAAACUACAGUUGCCCAAAAAAUUUCAAGUGAAUAUGGCUUAAGGCGUUUGUCAAUAGGAGAAGCUUUGCAUUACGUAUUAAACAGCCAACCAGACACAGAGCUGGCACUCAUGUUAAAUUGGCAUCUUCAUAAAGGAAUGACAGCCCCUGAUGAACUGGCUAUUCAAGCCUUAGAAAUCUGUCUGAUGGAAAGCAUAUGUAAUACUGCAGGUGUUGUCAUCGAUGGCUACCCUGUAACUAAAUAUCAAGUGAGUCUCUUGGAAGCUAGGUCAAUCAUCCCCAUGGUCAUCUUUGAGUUGGAUGUGCCUUCCAAGGAGAUUUUCAAAAGAUUGCUCCUGGAAAAAAAAAAGGAAAAAAGUUUGCCUUAUCCACUGCACAAUAGCACACAGAUUACAGCUGUCAAAAACUCAAAAUACCGUAAAAAUAUUGAUGAGAUUAGGAAAUAUUAUCAAGAACAGCAUCAGAACUGGUAUGUGAUUGAUGGAUUUCACAGCAAAUGGUGGGUGUGGAAUAAAGUCAUUAAGGAAGUUCAAAUGGUGAAUAAACAUAUGCAGAUAUACCUGGAAAGAAUAAAAGCAGGAAAAGCUGCCUGCAUAGACAAGUUAUGUAUCACACCUCAAGAACUGAUUUCUCGCCUGGGCGAAUUUGGACAGUUCUGCCCUAUCAGCCUGGCAGAAUCACAUGAACUAGUUGAUUGCUCUAUAACUGAUUCACUGGAAUUUGCAGCAGAGUUCAGAGGGCACUAUUACAAAAUGAGUUCUCAGGAAAAUCUGAACAAAUUUUUGGAGAACCCAGAAUUGUAUGUGCCUCCGUUAGCACCUCAUCCACUACCACCUGCCGACAUGAUCCCCAAAAGGCUGACACUGUCAGAGCUGAAGAGCCGAUUCCCCAAGUGCGCGGAGCUGCAGGGCUACUGUCCAGUGACCUAUCAGGAUGGAAACCACAGAUAUGAGGCCCUUGUACCUGGUAACAUUAAAUUUGCUUUAGAAUAUCGUGAUCGUAUAUAUAUUUGUGAGACUAGAGAAAAACUCGAGAAAUUUUUGAGGUUGCCAGAGAAAUACUGGAGCCAGAAGCUUCCGCACAAACUGCCCCCGUUGAAGGAGCCCAUCCAUCUCACGAGUCUUCCUUUGCCUGGAUAUCUGGAACAGGGCAUCGCAACUUCACUAAUUAAAGCAAUGAAUGCAGCAGGAUGCUUAAAGCCCAAAUUCCCGUUUUUAAGUAUAAAGAGAUCUGCACUGCUAUAUAUAGCAUUUCACCUAAAAGCCUUCAAUCCCAAAAGUUCUGAAUAUACAAGAAGGAAGUAUAAGAAGAAGUUGGAGCAGUUUAUGGAGAGAUGUGAACUCAUCACAUACCUGGGUGCCAAGAUGACCAGAAAAUACAAGGAACCUCAGUUUAGAGCCAUUGACUUUGAUCAUAAAUUACAGACCUUUCUCUCUCUUAGAAAUAUAGACCCAGUUAAUGGCUAGUUUGCUUGGGCAACUGCAACCAGGACGUCAAGAGUUUUCCGAAAGGGUUAGAAGGAAACAGGUUGAAAAUCUGGCCCUGUCUGCUGUACUUUUUCCCUUUUGAGCGAUACACUUCGGCUGCCGGCCGUCAAAUGGACUCAAAGCUCUACCGGCCCAGAAAGGGUGCCUUCUGGAAGCAUACAUCUUGACAUAAUUUAAAAAUGUAUCUCUCUUUGCACUCAUGAUUUGCAUUCAAACAU